GCAGGGUGCGUGGAGGUGCAGCUCCCACGUGGGGAUGUGUAAUCGCUGCGUGUCUCCGGGAGGAGAUGGGGCUCCAUUAGCAGCCACAUCAGGGCUCUAUUUAAGGGACGCUGCCGGGCGCCGGGGGCUGCUGCCGAGCUGCUCUUACGGUGUCCUGUCAUCGGGCUCCUGCCGUCCGGGACGUGAUAAGGAGAAAGAAAGAUCCGGAAAGCAGGAGGAAACUCAGAACGAUAACUUCCUUUGGUGCUUUUUUUCUAAAACAAAAAAUCAGUUUUUUGACUUUUUUCUCAUUUUUAAGCGUUUUUACGGAGCUGAACACACAAGACUUGAUUUUUUUUAAAGAAAUCGGUUCCCAAUGAUGCCGUCCAAUGGCACCAUCAUUAACACCAGCAACCCUCCUCCGGAGACAGAGGUCGUCCAAAUGCACAAGGGAGAUGAGUCCCCCAAAGAGGAGAAGAACACAGAGGAAAAGCAGGAUGUGGGGGGGUCCACGAAGAAAGUGGGGCGUCCAGGGAGGAAACGCAAGUCUGCACCAGUAGAAAGUGUCUCCGCACCCAAAGACAGCGCCUCAGUCCCCAAGUGCCACGCGGCUCCAGACAGCGGCCACUCGGGCGCCGUGCACAACGGAACGGUGAGCGGGCAGAGCAGCCCCGAGACCCCCGCCCAGGAUACGGCUGCCCCCGAAACAAACUCCCGGGACAGGAAGCUGUGUGAGUCCCCCGCGGACGGACCCCGAGAUGGGGAAACGGGGCUGGAGAACGGCCGCUGUACUCCGAGCGACGAGCCAGAUUCUCAGGACAUGGAAGACGGGGACCCCCUCGCUGCCCCAACCCCGAAAAAACGGGGGCGGAGGAGCCGGUCAGACGGCUCGGACAAAAGUAAAGAAGAUAAGGAAGACUCAAGCCCAGACUCUCCCAAAUCGGAGGGAUACCGAGGCCGGCUACGUGGAGGGUUAGGCUGGGAGUCCAGUCUUCGUCAGAGGCCCAUGCAAAGACUGCCCUUCCAGGCUGGGGACCCUUAUUACAUCAGCAAGAGGAAGAGAGAUGAGUGGCUGGCCAGAUGGAAGAGGGAGGCUGAGAAGAAGCAGCAGCUCGUUGCCGUGAUUAACGCCAUGGAGGAGACAGUCUCCCGGGAGCCCCAGAAGGAAGAAGAGGCGAGUCCCCCCACCUUGCAGCAGCACACCGACCCAGCGUCGCCCACCGUAGCCACCACCCCUGAGCCCGUGGCGGCCGACGCGGUGAACAAGAACGCUUCCAAACCGGCCGAUGAUGAAGCCGAGUAUGAGGAUGGCCGUGGCUUUGGCAUCGGUGAGCUGGUCUGGGGGAAGCUGCGAGGGUUCUCUUGGUGGCCGGGCCGGAUCGUGUCCUGGUGGAUGACAGGAAGGAGCCGCGCAGCAGAAGGAACCAGAUGGGUCAUGUGGUUCGGGGACGGCAAGUUUUCAGUGGUUUGUGUUGAGAAGCUGAUGCCCCUCAGUUCUUUUGCUACCACGUUCCACCAGGCCACGUACAACAAGCAGCCCAUGUACAGGAAAGCCAUCUACGAAGUCCUGCAGGUGGCGAGCACGAGAGCCAGAAAGGUUUUCCCAUCAUGCCCCGAGAAUGACGAGUCGGACACUUCGAAAGCCGUGGAAAUUCAGAACAAGCAGAUGAUAGAAUGGGCCCUGGGGGGAUUCCAGCCGUCGGGCCCCAAGGGCCUGGAGCCCCCGGAAGAGGAACGAAACCCGUACAAAGAAGUUUACCCAGAAAUGUGGGUGGAGCCUGAAGCCGCCGCCUACACCCCACCCCCUCCGGCCAAGAAACCCCGCAAAAGCACAGAGAAACCUAAGGUCAAGGAGAUCAUCGAUGAGCGCACCCGAGAGAGACUGGUCUACGACGUGAGGCAGAAAUGCAGAAACAUUGAAGAUAUCUGCAUUUCCUGCGGCAGUUUGAAUGUCACCCUGGAACAUCCCCUGUUUAUUGGGGGCAUGUGCCAAAGUUGCAAGAACUGCUUCCUGGAGUGCGCGUAUCAGUACGAUGACGACGGAUACCAGUCCUACUGCACCAUAUGCUGCGGCGGGCGCGAGGUGCUGAUGUGUGGCAAUAAUAACUGCUGCAGGUGCUUCUGCGUGGAAUGCGUGGACUUGCUGGUGGGUCCAGGAGCAGCUCAAGCAGCCAUUAAAGAGGACCCCUGGAACUGCUACAUGUGUGGCCACAAAGGAAUCUACGGGCUACUCAAAAGGAGGGAUGACUGGCCCUCUCGCCUUCAGCUCUUCUUCGCCAAUAACCAUGACCAGGAGUUUGACCCACCAAAGCUUUAUCCGCCUGUCACAGCCGACAAGCGGAAGCCUAUCCGAGUACUGUCUCUGUUUGAUGGCAUUGCAACAGGUCUAUUGGUGCUAAAGGAUCUCGGGAUCCAAAUAGAUCGUUACAUUGCCUCCGAGGUGUGUGAAGACUCCAUCACUGUGGGAAUGGUGCGACACCAGGGCAGGAUUAUGUAUGUGGGAGACGUUCGCAACAUCACUCACAAGCAUAUUCAGGAAUGGGGCCCCUUUGACCUGGUGAUUGGGGGAAGCCCUUGUAAUGACCUCUCCAUCGUGAACCCCGCUCGGAAAGGUCUGUUCGAGGGCACUGGGCGUCUUUUCUUUGAGUUCUACCGCUUGCUCCAUGAAGCUCGACCCAAGGAGGGUGACAACCGGCCGUUCUUCUGGCUCUUCGAGAAUGUGGUAGCCAUGGGAGUUAGCGACAAAAGGGAUAUAUCCCGCUUUCUAGAGUCAAACCCGGUGAUGAUCGAUGCCAGGGAAGUGUCGGCCGCCCACAGAGCCCGUUACUUCUGGGGUAACCUUCCUGGUAUGAACAGGUUGGUGAGCGCAUGGCCUCUCGUAUCCACUGUAAAUGAUAAGCUGGAUUUGCAGGACUGCCUGGAACAUGGAAGAAUAGCAAAGUUCGGCAAAGUCCGCACCAUCACCACUAGGUCGAACUCCAUCAAGCAGGGCAAAGACCAGCACUUCCCGGUCUACAUGAACGAGAAGGAGGACAUCCUCUGGUGCACGGAGAUGGAGAGGGUGUUCGGAUUUCCUGUCCAUUACACGGAUGUUUCUAACAUGAGCCGCUUGGCCAGGCAAAGGCUUCUGGGAAGAUCUUGGAGCGUUCCUGUCAUCCGUCAUCUAUUUGCCCCAUUAAAGGAAUAUUUCGCCUGUGUUUAACCCACAAGGCACAGGGACCUGAGGCCGAUCCCCGACCUUCCAAAUACCCCCUCCCCCACAACAAGCCGGCAACAGCCUCACAACAUGAUGUUUCUGCCGAAGGAAAACCCAAUCAAGAAAAGAAAAAUAAGACAAAACGCAGAAAACGAAACGUCAAAAGCCACGGUGGACAAGAACCAGCAGCGACCGGGAACGGCAGGGGCGUUCUACGUAACUUACUGUUCAAUGUUACACUUUUAUUCUCUUACACGUCUACAUUUCUGAUUUUAUUUUUUUAAGUUUUUAUGUGAUAUUUUAUGGGGGGGAGGGGGCUAUUUUAACCCCGUCAGCCCUUAAUUUUAGGAAACAAGAUAGUCUGCGAUUCUUUCUAAACAGGGACAUUUUACGAGCAGACGUUCUGGGUAUUAGAUGUUUGACCAUAAUUAUUGUCCCCCUUGUGCUGUAAGGGUUAAAGCCCCAGUUUGGGAUAACGGGGUCUGUGGAUGUAAGUUACCCCCUUAGUUGUCAGUGUUUUCAGGUACCUUGGCCUAAAAGGGGGCGGAAUUAGGGUAUUUGCCAUGCAAGCAAA